AUGAUCUGGGAGGAGAAGAGGUCCUUGAUGAAGAUGAAGGCUGAAUGUAAAGACCUGUCUGUGAUGCGAGCUGUCCUGGGGACAAUGCAGCUUCAGAUGAAAGAGAAAAAUGAAGAGAUUGCCCGGCUGAGGAGACUAAGCGUUGUCCAGCUGUGGGAACGGGAGAAAAAAAAAGUCAUGUCUGAAGCUUUGGAAAGGGAGCGGGUGUUGAAAGAAGAGACUGCGGAUCAAAAGGUUCAAUGGAUGGAACUUAAAGAGAAGCUGAUCAAGAAGCUGAAGGUACAAGAGGAGGAGAUUAAAAAGCUGCGUUUGAAAGAGAAGGUUUUUGCAAAGUCUCUUUCUCAUCUGGAAACCCAGGACCUGAAGGAAGAGUUGAGGUCUCUAAAGCAACAAUUACUCCAAACAGAGAAAGAUUUACACAAGUCCCAGUGUGAAAUUCUGAGGCAGCAACAACUCACCACAAUGUUCCUCACAAGUUUGAAAACUGAAUUACAGAAUGUAGCUAUCCAGCAGAAUGUUGGAUAUUAUGUGCCAUCUGCUGACUUUUACCACAUCUGCAGUCAACUGGAUAUCAUUGUCCAAGCUGCGCGUGACGGAUCUCUGAGCACACUGCCUGCAGACUCAGCUAUUCGCAGAUUCCCUCAGGAUGUUCCUGUUUUGUUCACGGAAUCUGCACCCUCUCCAUGCCAUGAACAAGUGCUAAAUGACCAAGAGGAAACAGAAAAACUCAAAGGAAUGCCCAAUGUCUCUGUAAACCAAACAGCUUCAGCUACUGGGAAGAAGGCCAAGAAAGGAAGGAGAAGGUUAAAGGCCAGAUUAAUCCAUAAGUCUGUUAACCAAACAGAUUUAAUAGAACUUCGUACCAAAUCUAUGACCCCACCACAUGAUGGUCUACCAUUUUCCUCAUCCUCAUCAGACCAGGGAAAACUGACCACUGGGGACGAAAACCAAUCAACCUCUAAAGGAAAGGGUCAACUGAGUCCUCCUCAUGAUGUAAGGUUUAUAUACCUGGGCCCUGGUUCUGACCUUGCCUACAGAUAUAAACCUCUUCUUCAUGUCCACUCGAGCAAACUUUCUGGGAUUGCCAAGUCUUUACAAUGUGACGUCUCGGGACUCAAAAGUCAAAAUGACAAAGAGAACUUGGGUGUCUCUGCUGUUUAG